CUUGAGACGCAGACAGGGAGCGCUCAUUUGUUGCCACUUGCUUUGAGAUCAGACGCUCGUCGAGAGAGAGAAAGAGAGAGGUAGAGAGACACCAGGACACAGCAAGAAAGAAAGAGAGGGAGGAGGGCGGAAGGGAGGGAGGGAGAGCCGCACGGUCAAAUUGAGCUUUAUCUAUCGGAGUGGGUCACUCAAUAAGAGCCAUCUGGAGCCAGGGGCGACCCGGAGCGCGCAGGAGCCGCAGCCAGAGGCAGAUCAUCAUUAUAUGAGCAGCAGUCACAAUCACAGAGGCCAGGCAGAAGAGAGAGCACAUUGCUCCACACAGAGAAGAAGAAGAAAAAAAAACACACACACUCAGACACGGAAGAGAAGUGAGUGAAAGAGAAGCUGAGUGAGAGGCGGACGGCAGCGCACACAGUUUAACUUUUGCUCUGCGGGAUAUUUAAAAAGAAAAAAGAAAAAAAAAAAGAGGCUAAAAAAGUGAAACUCAAGCGGCCGGAAAGUGUUGGUGAAGAUGCCGCGGGUAGUCCCGGACCAGAGGAGCAAGUUUGAGAAUGAGGAGUUUUUCCGCAAGUUGAGCAGGGAGUGUGAGAUUAAAUAUACCGGGUUCAGAGACCGGCCUCAUGAGGAGAGACAAGCUCGCUUCCAGAACGCCUGCAGGGACGGACGGUCAGAAGUAGCCUUUGUAGCGACAGGUACGAACCUCUCCCUCCAGUUUUUUCCAGCCAACCUCCAUGGAGACCAGAGGCAGGUUCCUACAAGGGAAUACGUCGACUUCGAAAGGGAGACCGGAAAGGUCCAUUUAAAGGCGCCUAUGAUCUUGAACGGGGUGUGUGUGAUCUGGAGAGGCUGGAUUGACCUACAGAGGCUGGACGGGAUGGGAAUGCUGGAGUAUGACGACGAGAGGGCGCAGCACGAGGACGCUUUGGCUCAAGCGGCGUUUGAAGAGGCGCGGCGCAGAACCAGAGACUUUGAGGACAGAGACAGAUCACAUAGAGAGGACCUAGAGGACCCUGUGGUUUCUAAAAUCUGGGACUGAUGACACACAGACAGACAGCCAGCAGAAAAGAACAGGUCCAGACGACAGCAGGACCCCAGCCCUGGCUCAAACAUGGCCAACGCUGACGUGGAACACAAGAUGCGCUGAGGAGGAGUAGGAUGAAGAAGUCACCGAAGGAGGAAGAGUAGAAAAACCAGGGGCCGGUAGCCUGCUCACUUUCAACACAAUCAAAGGAGGAGUCACAUGCUUUUGUAGGCUGGCUGUUCACCACCACUUCCUGAUAGGUUUAAUUUGGUCAUUCUCACGUAACAAACUUCUGCCAAUAUUUGAAUGUAACGGAAAAUAAACUUCCUAGUUUGAUUGAUUUGAAAGUGAAGGAACGGCCCAGAAAAGAAGGAUAAAGGAAACAUGAGACCUGGACAAAAAGUAGACGCGUUUAUUUAAAACCAGAGGAAGGAGCAUGAGCAUUUUAUUUUUAUUUUUAUUUCAUUUUUUUUUGUAAAUGUCGAAGAUGCCUUUUUUGAGCCAAAACAGUUUGACAUACAAUUUAUAUAUUUAUAUAUAUAUAUAUAUAUAUAUAUAUAUAUAAAGUAUAGAUCACGUCAUUCAAAUUUUAAAAGCUUUGAUAUUUUUUGUCCAGGUCUAAAAGGAUUUGAUGGAUGGGGGUGGUUUCAAGUACCAAAAUAUAUUUUCUAUUAAUACAAGGUGUUGAAAAUAGAGGGAGAUGGGUGGUACAGAGGUAUAGAUGUCAUUAACAGGGAGAGGAGGAGUUGGAGUCGGAGGAGGAUGAGCGGAGAAGAGAGAUCAUGGCGGCUCAGGGUCACGGUCAGGGCUUACCAGUAGAGCGUGCAUCAAAAGUGAGGUGUUGACGGGUUUAAGUAAGAAUUCUCCAUUGUUCAGUGUUGCGCAACACUUCACAUUUGUUAACAUGCCCUUGUUAACUCCCACUAUACCCAGCUCACUUCCUAAAACCUGCUGUUUUCUGAGACCAAAGUUCACUUUUGCUGGAGAGGAGAGGGGAAGGGGAGGGAAAUAAACCAAGAGGGAAACUUUAGUUGCUUUUAAAAAGACUUUUUUUUUUUUUUUUUUUUUUGCCAGGCUGUAGGACUAAAAAAGUGUUUGCUGUAUUAUAUUUUUAGUUAUCUCUCAAAAACGCUGCUUUGAUGAGAUACUGGUGACGACAGAAUCACAGGUUAUGUAGCAAAAAAACAAACAAAAAAAAAACCUGAAGGCGGGAUAAUUAACAAAGCAAACUGCUACAAAAUCUUUGGAGGAAAUUAUGUUUUUGUGGGAAUGGGAGGGAGGGAGGGGCGAUUCAGAUGUCUUCCGAGGGGUUUUGCACUAUGUGAUACAAUCAGUCUCUCUUUUUAUUUUUUGUUUUCCAUGCAUGAAACCAAACACAGGCUACGUUCUUUGUCGCUCCCCCAUGCAGCCAAUCUAUCAUCAGAGCACUCUGUGCGGCGCUUUGAUGAGGAAUAACUGGGCGAUUCAAAGUCAUCAGGUGGGCUCUCAGCGAAAACCCAAACAGCAGCGUGCUCGAAAUGGCACAAAGCAUCUGUGUCCUGAUGGGGCAUUUCCACAUUUCAUAGUUUCCCUUAUGUCAAACAGAGACUGGCAGAGUCUCUCGUUGUGACUCUGAAAGUAAUCAGCUCAGGUGUGACCUUUAGAUGAAAAAAAAAAAAAAAAAGUGUGCACAUUUCAGAGCAACUAAACAUCAACGGGAAACAAUGCAUCUCCAAAUUUGGACAUCUUCCUUGAGGGGUUAAGAAAAAUAUCUUCAUAAUUUAAAUACAAUUUUCUUCCAAAUGUAUUGUCAAAAAGAUGAAAACGCAACAUUAACAUGGAUUCAAAUGGAGAUCAGCUUAAAUCACAAGCUAAAAAAGAAAAGAAAUUGGAUUACUAUCAAUAUUAAUAUUUUAUCAUCUCACACCAGACUGACAUGACGACCACCCAGAUAUUCCUUAUCAUGAAAUGACUGCCAUUAAAGGACUGUAAUAAAAAGUUGCAGCCUUCUAUUCCCUGUCCUGUUACAGCACUAGUGUAAUGAAACGGUAUGUUUUGUUUGUUCUGUUAUCUUAUUAUUUUGUUUGUGUGAAAGUCAUGAUGUUUACUUUUUAUAUUCUGUGUACGUACUCUUUUUUUUUUUUUUUUUUUUUGUCCGUCUUUUUCUGCUUCGUUACGAACCAGCAGCAGUAGGCUAUUUUAUGUAAAAGUUGAAAAGUACAAAAUGUCUCCAGAAAUUUGGGAGGUUUGAGGACUUUUUGUUGCUUUUUUCUUUCAUGUUGUUCUUUUAUUAAUGUUAUUUGUUAUUUACUUCCUGGUUCAAAUGCAUUGAACACGGAUUGACUCGAGCCCUGUCAUCAGGCUGGGUUAAUGUUUUUUAUAUAUAUAUAUAUUUUGCAAUUAGAAGCUUAAAUAAUUUUCCAGUGUGUUUCUCAUUUAACCUUUUUUUUCAUUCUUUUUGCACUCAACGGUUUUAUUAUAAUGAUUAUAACCUUUUCUUCUCAGCCUGACUUAUUAAGAUUUUUAGGUCUACAUUAUUAUUAUUAUUAUUUUUUGUACAUUGAUAGCCAUGUGUUUGUAACAUUUUACAAGAUAUUUUAAUAAAUGAUAGUGAAAAUUAAAAAAAUAAAUAAAAAGUGAAAAUUGAAUGAAAACUACAACAAGGAGACACACUUAAAGAAGUUUCAUUUUUAAAAGGCUUUUUAAUUUGGUUAACCUAAGGUCAGGAAAUUAACAUUGGCAGAGAUUGAGAGAUUGAGUCCUCAAACUCUGCAAAGUCAGCUGCCUCAGUGUUUAACUUGCUCACGGCGUUUCUGUCUGAGAGCAUCUGCACUGUGAUAAGUGGUGGAUUUAUGUCGGUUUUUGUUACGUUGAAGAGCUCAGCUGGUGAGAUAAGUUGGGAGAAGUAGGCCUUGCAUGAGGUGAACGGAUGGAGGGAAUCUGAAGUUUUACAUGAACUGUGGUUGGUGACGUUUCCACUGUGCAAAAAUGUUUAUAUUAGCAGAACUGAAAUCUCCAAGUUGCUCGGUGUAGACGAUGGCAUAAAGGACAUUUUCGGUUACUGUUUUAGUAGCAAACUGACAGAGCACUGGAACCAGUACAAUAAGAGGCAAAACGAGAAAUCCGAAGCAGCGUGGCUGGGAUGGUUUAGUCUGAGUUGCACAGUUUUUCAUUUUGUUUCUGUAAACUUGUAAGUCAUGAGUUAAUUGAUCACAUCUGUAUCACAGCUGGACUAUGUGCUAAGCUGUUUAGCAUUAUUGUAAUAAAUAUGGGAAAUUAUGUCUUUAAACCGUGUGCUGAGGUUACAAAACAGUAAAGAGGGACGGCGUGUUAAUUUUAAGUCCAAUUUUAAGGUUGUGUUUAGAGAGUGACCACCCUGUCCCCACCCAGAGUAAAAUUAAACCCAUGAUGGAGUCCAACCUACAGUUUUCUUAAUGCAGGCAUUAAGGCAAACCAUGAACCACAAACAUUUUCUCUUCUCUCUUUUUUUUUUUUUUUUUUUUUUACCUUUACUGUUAACCUUCUUAUUUGUUUAAGUUAUUUAUACGUUAGAACAUCUCUGUGAUAUUUAGUGGCUUGUGUACACUCUUUCUCCUCCCUGUGUGCGUUUCUCUCUUGUUUUAGGGUUGAGCUUGUCCUCUCAGAGGAAUCUGAAAUAUGAGAUAUUCAAUUCAAAAUGUUGGAUGUUUUUCAUAAUAAACCUGUAUUAAUUCCUGAAUCUGUUUUCUGUUAUUUACUGUAAAAAUAAACCAAUCAGGUGUAACAUUA